CGGAGCCUCGCAGAGAGGGGCUCCGCUGACAGCAGGAGCCUCGCUCAGACCGCUGCCCCGAGGAGGAUGAGCCGGUCACCGCCGUGAGCCUGCCUGCUGCUGCCAGGGCAUCCAGAAAUGGGGCACUGGAGGAGACCCGGUCUGCUUCCCCUACUGCUGCUCUCCUUGUCCUGCGGGGCCGGCGCCCGCCGCAGCCUCAAGACCAACCUGUGCAAGUGGUGCGACUCCACGGCCCCGGCGUGCCAGGACAAGGUGUGCUACAGCAACUGCAACCUCAACUCCUACUGCGAGCACCCCCACGAGAUCUGCGUGGCCGUAUGGAGACAGGACAACGAGAGCAUCAGGAUCAGCACGCUGUGCCACAACCCCCAGCGCCCCAUCGAGAACCUCAUGGUGCCCAACUACAACACCUCGCGCUGCAUCAUGAGCCUCCAGCCCAGCGAGGACAGCGUCAUCUACAUCUGUGGCUGCGUGGAUGAGCAGGAGUGCAACGACAAACUCAUCUUUGAAAACCACACCAAUGGCUACUCCAUGCUGCAGAGCAAAGAGGUGAUCCCAGUGGCUGCCAUCAGCCUCCUGCCCCCGCUGCUGGUGGCGGUGAUGAUCACGGUGAUAUUUUACCUCUGCCGCACGCAGAAGCGCCGCAAGAGAGCCAAGGCGUGGGGCGGGAAGCAGGGCCAGCCGCCGGUGCUGCCGGAGCAGGGGAAGGCAGGCGAGCGGGAGGAGAAGCUGUCGGUGCUGAUGGACGAGAGCCCUGGCAGCACCAGCCCCGGCGGCCGCCCCACGGAGCUGCUCCCCAUCGAGCUGGACGAGAUGGUGGGCAAGGGGCAGUUCGCCGAGGUGUGGAGGGCCAAGCUGAGCCACAGCCGCUCGGGGCAGUACGAGACUGUGGCCGUGAAGAUCUUCCCCUGCGAGGAGUACUCGUCCUGGAAGAACGAGAGCCAGAUCUUCACGGACACCAGCCUCAGGCACGACAGCGUCCUGCAGUUCCUCACGGCCGAGGACCGGGGCACGGGGCCCCGCCGCGAGUACUGGCUCAUCACCGCCUACCACAGCCGCGGCAACCUCAAGGACUACCUGUCCCACCACGUGCUGAGCUGGAUGGAGCUGCAGAAGAUGGCCGGGUCCCUGGUGAGCGGGGUGGCCCACCUGCACAGCGACUACACUGCCUGCGGGCGCCCCAAAAUCCCCAUUGCGCACCGCGACAUCAAGAGCACCAACGUGCUGGUGAAGAGCGAGCAGGAGUGCGUGCUCUGCGACUUCGGCAUCGCCAUCCGCCUCGACCCCUCCCUCACCGUGGAUGACUUUGCCAACAGCGGGCAGGUGGGCACCGCCAGGUACAUGGCCCCGGAGGUCCUGGAGUCCAGAGUGAACCUGGAAGACCUGGAGUCUUUCAAGCAGAUGGAUGUCUACUCCAUGGCCCUCGUUUUGUGGGAAAUGGCCUCCAGAUGUGAAGUGGUAGGAGAGGUGAAGAAUUAUGAGCUGCCCUUUGGGUCGAAAGUCCAGGAGCAGCCUUGUGUGGACACCAUGAGGGACAUUGUGCUGCAUGGCAGAGGCCGGCCCGAGAUCCCAAGCAGCUGGCUGGUGCACCAGGGAAUGCGCUUCCUGUGCGACACCAUCACGGAGUGCUGGGACCACGACCCCGAGGCGCGGCUCACCGCCCACUGCGUGGCUGAGCGCUUCAACCUGAUGGCACAGAUGGAUUGUGAUGACAUCCUCAACAACAACACGGACAACGAGGCCAGCAAAACAGCUGCUCCAGGUGGGGAGCUCCAGGACAGCGAGGGCAGCAGAAACACCCAGUGAUGCAGCACGCAGAAUCCUCAGCGCGAGGAACAAGAGGAUAAGGGAGAAGCAUUUAGCUCAUGAGGGAAAAAAACCUCACUGUUUUUCGAAAUGGAACUAAGAUCUAGUACAUAAAUUAUUUAUAAGAUCUGUUUCCUCCCACAGAUAUACAAUGAACUGAGGAAUCAAUAUUUUGGUUAAAGUGAAACAUUAUUAUAUGAACUGACUUUGUACUUACUUAAAAUGUAUAAUGAUGCAAAGCAUUCCUUUUAUUAUUUUUUAAAAUAAUAAUGUUUAAUCUUUUAUUAAUAAGCA